UUAUGAUGAACCAGAAACAGUUAUCGGCUCCACGAAAUUUCAAGUUUGGCGAAGAACUUAAAUGUUGUCAGCCAUGUGCUGCCGUGCUCUUGGCGAAUUGCCUUUCUCUUUACUGUUCAGGGUGUUUGAACCGCUUGAAAGUCUCUAAGAGAUGUUCUGGCUGUCGCGUUGCCCAUUAUUGUGGUACACAAUGCCAAAAAGACGACUGGACUCUACACAAAAAUGAGUGCCAGUAUUUGCCGAAAACUGCUUCGUUUCCGAAGAUUCGUCUCAUUAGUAGAUGUAUUACGACUCUAAUUACAACAAAAUUUGUGAAAUCUGAAUUUGUUAAUCUCUGUUGUCACCUCUCCGAUAUGACAGAGAACGAUAAACUGGAUUAUAUGAGCGUUGUUGAGAUUCUGACCCUUGUGCACGGUGAAAACAGUCUGAAGUUGGUUUUUAAAACUUCAAAGUGUUUAUUGGAAAUGAUAAAUCAAGUAGGCGUGAAUGCUAUUACAGUGGUAACUGAGACAAAUGAUCCAAUCGGGCAUGCCUUAUAUCCAGAAGCGGCUUCAAUCAACCAUUCUUGUGAACCCAAUGCUUUCUUUGCCUUCAGAGGAAAACUGUUGCAGAUCAGAACUCUGAAGCCAAUCGAAAUCGGAGAAGAAGUUUUUGUGUCAUACACUGAUCAACUAUUCUUCAAGCAUGAACGACAAGAUUCGUUGAAAAAACAGUACUUUUUCACGUGUCAAUGCACCGAAUGUACAAGUGAAGUGCGCGAACAAAAAUUCAGAGAAGUCAAGUGUCAAAAUAGUAAAAAUUGUGCUGCAAUUAUUGACUCGAACUUAAUUAAAUGUCCUGAUUGCGGUUCGAAUGUUGAAACGUUAGAUUUUCCAGAUGCGACUUCGUGUAAAGAUAUUAAAAAACUUUUGUCGAAACUGGCAUGUUUAGAAAAUGUUUACCCUGAUACGAAUUUAAAGAUGCACAAUUUGCUUCUGAAAUGUGAAGAGUAUUUAUACGAAAAAUCGUUCAAAGAAGUUUUGCCCAUAGAAUUGCGACUGUUGAAAAAUUUGGAAUGUUUCUUUCCGGGUCAUCAUCCUAUCAAAAGUUUGCAGUGCUUUCGAGUUGCUAAGGUUUUUUCUUGUCUAGAGCAACUGGACAAAUCCGUCGAGUAUUUUGAGAAGGCUUUGAAGCUCAUAGCUAUAACACACGGUACGGACUCUGACUUUUAUUCAUCAGUUUUGGAAGAGUAUCAUGUUGAUAAAAGAGAUUUAUUGUUUCUGAAAGAGAACUCAAAGAAAUAUUUGCAGAAAAAGAAAUGAGACUGAAAUAUGAUCAGAAGCGUAUUAAAUGCGAUAUAUGAUUCGAUAUAAACAUUGUGGAUCUAUUUGAAACUUUUCUUAUUUUGUAUAAUAUAUUAACUGAUUGAAAUUGACU